UUGCUCAGGCACAGCCCAUUCCGGAGGAGAGGGGGACGCACCGCUCCUGCGCUGCGCCGUGUCCAUGUUGUUGUCAUCUCCGCCCCUGUCCGACUGAACCCACAGAGCCCGUCGCUGCUCCGCGCCGCCAGAGGAGAGGGAUUCUUCUUUUUCCGCCCGGCCUCAGUGUUUUUUUCUUUCUUCUUUUUCCCGAGCGGACCCGCGGUGGACACUUCAGCUGAAUACUCCUUUGUGUUGUUGUUGUUGUUGUUGUUGUUGUUUGUCGUCGUCGUCGUCCCCCCCCCCCCCCCCCCUCAUGAUGCACCUUUAAUGACAAACAGUGAGCCGCGACUGGUGCGCUCUGCACACGCGUGGGUCACCCUGCACCUGACCGCCCCUGCUGCACACCCCUGUCGACUCCAGACUUCAACGGGAAGGAAAACUUAGCAUCGCCCCCCCCCCCCCCCCAAAGAAGUUAUUCGCUGCCGUGGACUCGUCCCAACGCGGACUGCCGCUACAGCGAAAAUACAUAAAUCCUGACCGAUUUUUUUUUUUUUACCCCUUGAAAGCUGCACCACCGAGGCGAAACGGCGACCUCAGUCGAUUACCUUUCUUUCCUUUGCUAUCCCAUGGAUAUUCACUGCAAAGCAGACCCGUUCUCAGCGAUGCACCUGUCCCACGCAGGGCACGGCGGUGUGAACCAGCUCGGCGGGGUGUUCGUGAACGGCAGGCCCCUCCCGGACGUGGUGCGGCAGCGGAUCGUGGAGCUGGCGCACCAGGGCGUCCGGCCCUGCGACAUCUCCAGACAGCUACGGGUCAGUCACGGCUGCGUCAGCAAAAUCCUCGGCAGGUACUACGAAACCGGCAGUAUUAAACCCGGAGUCAUUGGCGGCUCCAAACCAAAGGUCGCGACUCCGAAGGUGGUAGACAAAAUAGCUGACUACAAGCGCCAGAAUCCGACCAUGUUCGCCUGGGAGAUCCGGGACCGACUACUGGCCGAGGCCGUCUGCGACAACGACACCGUCCCCAGCGUCUCGUCCAUCAACAGGAUUAUCCGCACCAAAGUCCAGCAGCAAUUCCACCCGUCCCCCGACGGAUCCGUCACGCCACUCUCCACGCCGGGCCACACCAUAGUGCCCAGCACGGCCUCCCCCCCUGUGACCAGCGCCUCCAACGAUCCCGUCGGAUCCUACUCCAUCAACGGCAUCCUGGGCAUCCCCCGCUCCAACGGCGAGAAGAGGAAACGAGACGAUGUUCUCUGGACUGGCAACCACAUGGAUGGAAGGAAAAUAGGACAUUACGGCUCUGAUGGCUCAGGCCCCGGCAGCGACUCUCAGGGCAGCGUGGAGAGUUUAAGGAAGCAUCUGCGAGCGGACGCCUUCACCCAGCAGCAACUGGAGGCCCUGGACCGUGUGUUCGAACGUCCGUCUUAUCCCGAUGUCUUCCCCACUUCAGAACACAUCAAACCUGAACAGGCUAACGAGUACUCUCUCCCGUCCCUCAACGCUGGCCUGGAAGACGUGAAGCCGAGCCUCUCCACCAGCGCCAGCUCGGACCUCGCCUCCAGCGUCUCCCAGAGCUACUCUGUUGUGACAGACUCUCACCCAUCAUAUCCACCUUCCAUGUGUGUAAAGCGGGAGCCCCAUGAGGCAUCCUUUGCCCCCUUCACCCCCUCCUCAGUUGGGGACUCUGCUCUAGCUGACUUCUUGCCCCACCACCAGUCCAGCCUCUCUGUAGAUGCCUCUACUCCCAGCUACCCCACCCGUGCCCAUGGCCCCUGCUACAGCCAGUAUGCCAGCCAGCACUUUAUAGCAGGUCGAGACAUGGCCAGUACCACCUUACCGGGCUACCCGCCUCACGUUCCCCCCACAGGACAAGGCAGCUACCCCACCUCCACACUUGCCGGAAUGGUUCCUGGAGGGGACUUUUCUGGAAACCCUUAUUCCCAUCCACAAUACACCACUUACAAUGAAGCGUGGCGGUUCAGCAAUCCAGCAUUACUAAGUUCCCCCUAUUAUUAUAGUGCCGCGUCCCGUGGCUCCGCACCUCCCACUGCUGCCACUGCCUACGACCGCCACUAGUUACCACGGGGAGCAGCUCAAACUGCAGGGCUGGGGCUUCGGCCUCCACAUUGUCCCCGUCUGAGAAACUCUGAGGUCGAUGGAAAGCGAGGUGGAAUCCUGAAGGAAAAACCCCUGUGAUGUUUUGUGAUGUGUCGGAAAGGGAUCGGCAAGGUCGAUGCCGGUUGCAUCUAGCCCAGCUUCAGCAUCACACACUCUGGGCCAGGAGGGCCAGGAGGGCCCACGGGCGCUCAAAUCUCACCCCAUCACGUCCCCUCUCACUCUCUCACAGACCUGAAUAUUUCCAGAAUGACUUUAAGAGAUUAUAUAAAUAUAUAUAUAUAUAUAUACAUAUAUAUAUAUUAUAAAAUAUAAAUUGAAGAAAAACAAGUGUGAAGAAUACCAUGUGGAAAAAAAAUGUUGUGGGUUUUUAUUUUUAUUUCUUCGUUGCUGUUAUUGUUGUUGUUGUUAUUUUAUUUCAUGGAUCCUCACAUUCCUUUAUGUAAUGAACUGCAGUAUUUUUCUGCUCUAAAGAGAGAAGUCCAAGGGAGAUGACAAUGGUCCCAUAGCUUGACAGUACCAGUGUUGUGGGGGCCCCUCUGACACUUAAUGAGAUGCUGGCUCCACAAUGUAGGGCAGGCUUCACUCUGGUGCUUUGACUACAUCCGCUGCUCCCAUCUCUCCACCCACGUUAUCAGAUAAAUCACAGCAUGUCCUACGACGCUCACCGACCCUGUAUAGACCACUGGCCCCAUCCCACUCCCUUUGGCAAACAAUCAGAUGUAAAAAUGUAAAUCCUUUUUCAAAAGUAUUUAAAAAAUCACGGUGACCACGGACUCAAAAUGGUUUUGCCAGAAUUUUAAAAAUACUUUAAAUUAUUUUUUUCUGUCACUAUUUUUUAAUGUAAAAAAAAAAAAAGGUCUUGCCUCAUUUUCCAGUCAUGUCCAUGUCCAUGCAUGAUCGUCCUUUGUUUUGCACUAUAACUUCAUUUGGUACAUUCACAUGACAUUAAGUUUAAUUUGCGUUCCAAGUUAAAGCAUACAUUUUAAAAAUUUAGGUGUAGAGACAUAAAGCAGACAGACAGACGGACAGAUGUGCUUUUGUCUUUUAAAGAUUUCAAUUUUCUGAACACAUUUGAAGCCACUGCUCUAUGGCUACAUGAACAAAUCCUUUCGAUUCUCUUCGGUUUUACUUUAUUCAUACCACUAGAUGCCUACGCAGUUUAGAGAGCUGUACGCAGUUGAGCGAGCCAGUUGUAAAUGAGCUUCAACAAUUGCCUUACAACCCCAGAUUUUUUUUUUCUUCCAACUUAAAUCCAUGCCUGUUCAAUGUAAUUAACUGCCUUCUCAGACAGAUAUUCACCACCCUCCUCGAGUUAGGUUCAACUCUCCACAGGGACUGAGAGAAAAAAACGGAUUCAUUUUGCUUUUUUGGGAAAUAUUUUGUGAAUGUACUUUUAACUACAUUUGCCAAAGACUUAGUUUGAUAUUUAAUAUUUUAUUUACAGUAUAUGUAUGCAUACGUAAAACAGUAUUAUCUUUUAAAUAAGUAGUCAACACUGAACAUGUAUGCCGUGACUCUUCAACCGGCGAACAACAUGAUGCGUAUGACUGUGAUGACAAAGGGUGAAAUUCAGUGACUCGAUAUUCCAACAGUUGCAACUAAAUGCUGCUUUGUAGAAUGAUUUGUGAAUAAUGUGAAGACAAUUCUUCUCUGUAAAUAAUAUCACACGCACCAUCUCAGUAUCAUACUAAUGUACUGGCUCCCUUUGUAGAUAUACAGACUGAAAAAAAAACCCAUGCAUUACAUUUGUGUCUUAAUGUAAUGUUGUGCUCGGAUGAAAUGCGCAACUACUAUAUAACCUGUGGCCACGUCAGUAGCAGGUUUCAGAUGCUAACAUCACAUAGGCUGUCCUCGUCAUUUAAUUUUUAUUUUCAUGAUAUGGUCAUGAUGAUGUUUUAUGUCACUAUGCAAUGAGUUAAAUGGCUUUCUGUAUCAUCUUUUGUUGUUGGGCUCCGAACAAGUAAUCCCCAUGAUAAAAACAGCAUAAACGUUAAGACGUACAAAAAGACCUUCAGCGUGAAAUGGUUUCUCUCUAUUCUCACUUUUGUUCCACAGAUUCCCUUUGAAUCGAGACGCGAUCAAACUAAAGUCCUUGGCAACAAUCAAAGAUAUUGUCCUGUUUGCUGUUAGUAGAUGUUGUGAUCAUUAUGUUAAUUCAAAUUACGGUCAUCCGUGCCUCCAUGUAGAGAGACACAUCCACGCUUAUCCCCAGUCACCCAUCUUUCAACUCUGCUCUUCUUGUCAAACGCGACACAACACGACCCGGUAGCGUAAGGCAUCCAAGAUGAAGUUGACUUUAAUUCUACACAAGCAAAUACAAACACAUCCUCUGGUACCAGGGUUAACUGUCAUUGCUGAGGGAACCAGAUAAGAGAGAGGGAGAAAAAAAAAGACUGCAGCCCUGCUCUUCAGGAGAAGCUACCCUCUACAAAUUGCACGUGGGAUUUGCCUAUUUCUGUCUACAUGUACCUGGACAUAUCUGAAGAUGAAAAACUGGCACAGAGUGCAAGCCACGUCAUUCAGGCUAAGUCAUUGCUUUAGGAAGCGGAGCACCUCCGAGGGAAUGGGUCUUCUGCUGUUGUAAAGAUGAUACAGGAGAUGUGUCAUGGACAUAAAAAGGAUUUCUGAUGAAAAUCUAUACAGAAAGCCUUGUGGCCUCAAUCAUUGUUCUGUUCCAGUUCUGUUCCAAUUCUUUUUGUGCACAUGAGAAAUAAAUUCUUUUAUAUGUCA